AUGGCUCGCUUGUCUGACAUUUCCUUUUUUCAUGGAGAGUUGACAGGGUCUGACACCAACUACCACCAUCGGAUUAUUAGAGAUGUUUAUGCUAGCGUUAAUCUGAGAAACAGUACGUUAUGGUUGAACAGUGCCAUUCCUCGUUACACGCAUGCGAGUGACGACACGACAAAUCCUCGUCUGGUGGCUGGUAUUGUAGUGCUGGCCUUGCUGGGAUUCAACGUCCUAGGAAACUCUCUGGUGUUUUUCAUCUACGAGUUCCGUGUGAAGCCGAGUGUCUUCUCGUUCUACGUCAAAGUUCUGGCGGCGCUGGACAUAUCCACGGCACUGACCACCAUGUUGCUGGACGUCAUCAUCAAGAUGCGACCUCUGGAGGAAAGCUGGCUUGACCUGAACAGCUUAUGUAAGAUCACACACUUCCAGGUGUAUGCCCAGAGUCUCGUCAGUGGCUGUGUCUUCACGCUGAUAGCCUAUCAGAGGUACCGCAAGAUCUGCCAUCCUCUAGAACCAGGGCUGACCAUCAGGACAGCCAGACGAUCGCUGGUCAUCAUCUCCGCCAUCUGCAUCCCACUGACCGUCCCCACCCUGGUCAUCAACGGGGCACAGGACAUCCAAGUCCGGGUGAACACAUCACACAUCGUCAACGUGACCAUCUGUAGGAACGACAAGAGAUUCGAAGGCACAUAUUACCAAAGCGUGUUUUCUAUCUUCCUUCUGUCGGCAUUCUCUCUGGUCCUGUGUCUGACAAUCAUAUAUUACGCAAUGGUCGCUAAAGCGGUGAGAAAGUUCGAACGCCGCAGCUCCAUGUUGUCCAAGCCUGCCUCAUCCCCAACCGCCCUAGACACCAUCAACAAAGAACAGGGAUAUGCUGUCCAUGCAACAGUGGGAAGACACAGACAGUCUGCAGGGCGUACUCGACUACCUCGCCUGUCGAUAUCUGGAGAAACCAACGACCGGAUUUCCAUACAAAUGUAUCGGGUGUUUGCCACAAUCACCAUCAUCUUCAUCGUCAGCUAUCUGCCACAUCUGCUGGUUCUGGUGCUGAGAAAAUCACUGGGGCUCGAUCACCAGGUACUCACGUUUGCUGAACGGAUUCUUCUGGACCUCGCUUACAACUGCCCCUAUCUGAGCACUGUAGCAAACCCCAUUGUCUACGGCUACUGCAAUGCUGAAUUUAGGGACCGCUUGAAACAUAUUUUCUGUUGUAAAGGGACUCGAAGUUAA